GGCGUCCGCCGUCCGGAAGUGCGCGGGGUGGCGACGACGACGGCGGCGGUGGGGCCGAAUUAUUUGUCAAAGAAAAUCAUGAAUUAAGAAUAGCAGGAGGAGCAGUGAGGGAUUUAUUAAAUGGAGUAAAGCCUCAAGAUGUGGAUUUUGCUACCACUGCUACCCCUGCUCAAAUGAAGGACAUGUUUCAGGCUGCGGGUAUUCGUAUGAUAAACAACAAAGGAGAAAAGCAUGGAACAAUUACUGCCAGGCUUCAUGAAGAAAAUUUUGAAAUUACUACACUGCGGAUUGAUGUUGUCACUGAUGGAAGACAUGCUGAGGUAGAAUUCACAACUGAUUGGCAGAAAGAUGCUGAACGCAGAGAUCUCACUAUAAAUUCUAUGUUUUUAGGUAAUAUCUGGACAUAAUGUUUUAAUCCAGUCUUUCUGAAAGCUG